CGGAACCAGUUUUUUGUUCAAGUUUUAGGGACACAGGCUAGUUUGCUUUUAUAAAACGCUCGAUCAAACUAAUAAAUAAUAAUUUUACAGUUGAACACCGUAAUACUCCUAUGUUCAGCUUAACUAUUCGUAGUUAGACAGGUACAAAAUAGUAUACUUUUUGCUGAACACGCAGACCAAAAAGACAUCAGCUUGUCAUUCUCAAAAACAGUAGCAGCAGCAACAACUUGGACAAAAAAAAGAAAAGAAGGUAAAAACAUGUCCAGUCUGCCACGUCGCAUCAUAAAGGAGACGCAGCGCUUGAUGCAAGAGCCUGUGCCCGGAAUCAAUGCGAUUCCAGAUGAAAAUAAUGCGCGCUAUUUCCAUGUAGUUGUCGCCGGUCCCAACGAUUCGCCCUUCGAAGGUGGCGUGUUCAAGUUGGAACUGUUCCUACCCGAGGAUUAUCCCAUGUCGGCACCCAAGGUGCGUUUCAUUACAAAGAUCUACCAUCCCAAUAUCGAUCGCCUUGGCCGCAUUUGCCUGGAUGUGCUCAAGGACAAAUGGAGCCCGGCUCUGCAAAUUCGUACCAUACUUUUGUCGAUUCAGGCGCUGCUCAGCGCGCCCAAUCCCGACGAUCCCCUGGCCAACGAUGUGGCUGAGCUGUGGAAGGUGAACGAAGCCGAGGCCAUACGCAAUGCACGCGAAUGGACGCAGAAAUAUGCUGUGGAAGACUGAAGCAUCGCCCGCUCAACGUGCUCUCAAAUCUUACAUGCUGGGUGCCGGUAGAAAGGGAGGCGUAAAGGCCAACUUUUUUUUUUGAUGACCAAUUCGUCCAUCGUCCCACACACAACGCAAAGCAAAGCAAAGCUAAACAACAACAAAACCGGUAAAAAUAAAAGAGUAUAAAAAUUUUUUAUAACACAUUUUUUUGUAUAUUUAAAUAAGUCAGUGUCGAAGAUAUGGAGAUGGCGAUAACAGUGAAGAUAUAAUGAUAAUGCUAUAAUAAACUAAAUAAUACAAAA